AUGAUUGAAGAAACCGCCGCAUCUCUCAAUAUACCAGUUACUCGGAAACUUGAAGAUACUAUGGAUUCUUCACAAUUUAUUUAUCAGAGUCCAAGCUCUCGAUCCCAGACUGGAACAAACCGAACAUUCGACGAUGGACCGGUACAGGAAGCUGCUAUACAACAGCUUGACACCCAUGAUUCUUCAGACGCUGAAUUACCCCUCUGCACAACUGGCGGGAAGAUUUGUUUUUGGUGUCAUACUGAAAGCCCUGAUCAAAAAGUAACUGAUAGUUUAGAUACAGCCGAGACCCCUCCACUUCUUUAUCGGUGGUGGAACGCCGAAUCUCAAGGCGUUAACGCUGAGAGCAAGUUUGUCGCUGGUCUAUUUUCUGAUAUAUUCCAAGAAUACUUCACCCCUGAUAGUAUCGCCGGAGAUAAGUUCCAGUGUUUAUUCGAGAACCAUGUUCGUAUAAACCACACACCUUCUCCGUUUAUAUCAACAUUUAAAUCAGCUCUCGCCCCAAUCCACAGAGCGCUGCGCGAAGAGGAAGGAGCGUCGAUAUCAAUUAUCGAUACAAAACACCUGAAGACAAAGGUUUACUCUUCGCUUGAGUACAUGCGACAAUGGAAAGUAAAGGUCAAAAACUCGAACUAUAACGGUGCGGGGGAGUAUCUAGUAUGGGGUCAGAUUGACGACGCGAUAAUCUGCACAUUCAAGAUUACAACUCUUCGAAGGAUAUCGCGGGAGAAUACUGAUAUAAAUCAGUUGCUCCAACUUCAUAAGAUCGCUGGUUCUAGGAGAAAUAGGAGAGGAUUACAUCAAGCAAUGGCAAAGGACGCAAUAUACCUAGAUAAGAAAGCAGGAGCAACGGUUGGGAAGCUUCUUUCACUUCUAGAAGUCCCACAUGAAUAUAUCGGAACUAUGAGUAAGGGAAUUGCAUAUUCUUGGAGAGUCAAGACAAGACAAAUCCCAUGGAGAGAUUUUUUCGAAGGCGUUGAACUCGGGUAUAGAGGUGAACUCGUCAUGUUGUCACCAGAGCUUUCACCUUUCCCUGAUGCUCAUACCCCUGAUGCUCAUGCUACCGAUGGGGAUAUUGGAUCUGACUCGGAUAUGUAUUCACUCAGUGAGGACUCACCAGAUGAUGACGACGUCUCCGAAGCCAGCUUUACGAUUGAUCUGGGUGAUAGUUCUGAUGAACGUCUGGAUAAUACUGACGAGGAACUCGAUCUAUUUGACGGGGUGAUACUGGAGCGAGAGCAGAUAACCAGUGACCUUUUUGCUACUGAAAGAGCAUGGGUUAGAUCUGCGCUUGAGUAG